UCCUACAAAUAAAGCCGUACGCGCUUGCGUGCGAAUCGCGCGAUGCGUUUCGCCGAGCGUGUGCGGCCGAGUGUUUAUCAACGUUCGCCGAGUACGCGAUACGCAUUUUGCGCGCAUCUCAUAGAAUCUCGAUGACGCGGUUUUCCGCAGAGUAUCGAGACUAUCGGCAACGCCGCGAGUCCCACCGCAAUCUCUGAACUCCCGGGGGUCUGCUGGAUCACACACAAACACGACCGGGUGAAGGACGAAGGGGAGACUCGUGUGCGGGCAGUGCGGGGGAUCCAGUAGGAAAUGGCUGCCGUCUUGAGGAGAGAAUCUCGCGCCGCGGCGAGCGCGCUCGCCGGCAACGGGAACCUGCCGCUGCUCGUAGCCGCACGGUUCCUGACGAGAUCGUCGAUCCGCUGCGACAUCAGCGAGGGAUGGCUGAGCAAGCUCCUGGUGAGGAAGAUCGAGCCCACGAAAGAGUCGCACUCGCGAAUGCUCUCCGACAAGGAGGUCAUUUACGCCCUGCACACCCAAAACAUACGGCCAGACUCGAUUGACAAAUACUUGGCCAACUAUGAAGCACACGUUAAUCUGGUACACUCAAAAAAAUCUGACUUGAAUUGUGAAUUAGUCGGUUCAUGGACAGUGGAAGUGGGAGACUUGGAUCAGGCCUUACAUUUAUGGCAGUAUACAGGUGGUUACGAACGUAUAGAUUAUACACAGUCUGUGCUUUCCAAAGAUAAGACUUAUCUACAAUUGCAAAAGGAACGUGGGAAUUACUUAAGAUCACGUCAUUUGCAAUAUCUGUUGGCGUUCAGUUAUUGGCCACCGUUGACAAAAAGGAAAGGGCCUAAUAAAUACGAAAUACGUAGUUAUAGUUUACAACCAGGCACGAUGAUAGAAUGGGGAAAUAAUUGGGCUAAAGCUAUUAAUUAUAGACGCAAUAAUGAUGAACCUUUUGCUGGUUACUUCUCACAAAUUGGUAGAUUGUACAAUGUUCACCAUAUUUGGUGUUACAAGGAUCUUCAGUCACGUAAAGAAACGCGUGAGAGUGCUUGGAGAUCACCCGGUUGGGACGAGUGCGUCGCUUAUACUGUACCUUUAAUAAGAGAAAUGCAUUCGCGCAUAUUAAAUCCAACUUCGUUCUCGCCCACGAAAUAAAAUUUCACGGAUGCGAACAGAAAUGCAUUUGUAUAUUAUACUAGUUAUUUCUUA